AUGGAAUACCUGGCUGCCGAAGUUCUCGAGUUGGCCGGCAACGCAGCUCGUGGUAACACGAAGACUAGGAUCAUCCCGCAUCACCUCCAGCUCGCCAUAAGGAACAACGAGGAGUUGAACAAGCUGUUGUCGGGAGUCACCGUCGCUCAAGGCGGAGUACUUCCCAACAUCCAGGCCGUUCUGCUGCCGAAGAAGACAGAGAAGAGCUCAUAA